AUGGAAGGCGUAGCACUGUACGCUCUUCUCUCCCUCGCCUUGGCAACCAUUGCCUCCGGCUUCAUGUACAGCAAUGAGGGGGACAUCGGAGUACUACUGCCUGAUGAUCCGUAUAUUUAUAUCGGCCAUGAGGUGGUGCUAACAUGCAACUUGACCCGCCCCCUGGUGGAAGACUCAUCACGAAUGUACUUUACACGGAAGGAUAACAAGGUGAUUCCUGGGAAGUAUGUGUUUCGUCUCAGCACACGCACCAUACAGCUCCGCCUUCCUAUUGAGUCCAUGUACGAUGAGGGAAAUUAUGUCUGUAAAAUCAACACCACUCAUGGCACACCAAAGGUCAUCGCCAACCAGUAUGUCAAGGUUGAAUUUGCACCAAAAGUGGUGGAGGACAUUGACUGUCGAGUGUAUAACUGGGAAAACAUGACAUGUGUAUGGAAUCUGGGAGUCAACUAUAUACAUAUGGAGGACAUCAAGAUCGACCUAGUCUGGACCGUGGAGUACAUGGAGCAUGCAGACUGCCCCCAUCCUACACCAACAUCAUGUACCUGGAAGAUGAGUUCUUUUGACAGCACUUACUAUGACGGUAUGAUGUAUUAUAUGCAACUGACAAUCCAUAACACACGCACAGGGGACAUGGCAAAGUCACGACUCAUGAAGAAGGACACACGACGCAUUGUGGAGCCUGCAGCAGUCAGUAAUGUCAAGUAUACCUACAACAGCACAUGUAUGGUCUUCUCCUGGUCUCACUCACGUCCUAACAACAGCAAAGUCUUCCACCUCCAGUACAAUUCAGAAUGGGAUCCACAUCACUGGAAGAAGUUUGAGAUUUCCAAUGGUAACACCAAUGUGUCAAUCUGUGGACUGACUCCCUACACUGUCUAUGUGGUGAAGAUUCGCUGUUCACCUCUGAUUGAUGGGUUCCUGAGUAAAGAAGUGGAUACCACCCUGUUAACCAAGGAAGAUAUGCCUGGCGCUGCCCCAUCUCUUCAGUCUGGCAGUUUUUCGGAGCAGUCAUGUGACAUGCUUAAAGACUGUCGCCAGAUUGUCCUGUAUUGGCAGCCUAUCCCACGAACAGCUGCCAAUGGAAUGAUCAAGUUCUACCAGAUCACCAAGGUAACACAGAGCACAGGUAGCAAGGAGGACACCUAUGUCAGUCAUGCCAAUCAAGGCAGCCUAGUGUUGGCUCGGAGUCAGGACUAUGUGAUUGAGAUCCGCGGGGCAACAAAAGCAGGACUGUCACCACACUUUUCCACCAUCUUCAUACCAGCACAAUCCAAAAUGCCACCAUUUCCAGAAAGCUUUGUUGUUGAAGCAGUUAAUGCGACUAAUGAUGUCAAGAAGUUGGUGCGAAUGAGCUGGUCAGCACCACGGCCUGAUGAAGGAGAUGCUGAUUUCUCUAUUGCUUCCUACACAGUGUACAUGUGUAAAGGAUCCCCUAAUCUACACAGAUGUAGCUCGGAUCCUUUACAAUGGAAAGUUUUGAAUCGAAGCACAACUGAGUUCUACACCAACGUGUCAAGGACAUCUCUAGAGUUUACUAUAUUUGGCAUUUCCAUGGAAACCAAGAUGUCGUCAGGGGAGAAAAUAAGCAGCGGAAUAUUAUGGAACUCCUGUCUUUUUAACAAGAAUGAAAGACCUACAAUGGCCCCUAAGAACUUUGCGUUGAUGGAGUAUCCAGGGGACAACAGGGUACGACUGGAUUGGGACCUGUUCCAAUGUCAUGAAUCUCAUGGCUACAUACAGUCCUUUCUCAUCUUCUUCUGUACCUCAUCCAGGGAUGGAAACUGUACAGGGUUAGUAAAGGUUAUGACAGUGAAUGGCAAAACAACGACAUUCACUCUUCAACAUCUGGAGACAGAAACAACCUAUCGAGUGUGGAUGGCUGCGGAGGCUGAUGCAGGACAGGGACCAGUAACUUCUCCUCUGUACACUACUGUGCAACAUCCAAUCAAAGUGGGGAUAUCUAUGGAGGAGAUUGGGGGUAUUGCUGCUGCUGUGGUUUUUAUCUGUAUACUGGCUCUUUGCAGUGUCAUCAUCUUUGUCAAACGCUGUGUUACCACUGUCAAACAGAAGUUUAAACCAUAUGACAUCAUCAUGCCUCAUGUUCCUCUCCCACCAAUUCCAAUGCCUGACCCUCUACCGCCACAGUCACCAAGUUCUGAUGACUCCGACAGCAUCUAUGAGAGAAUUGAUGGCCGCCGUCGUGACAGUUCUUCACCAUCUUCUCCUGAUGGAUCAAUAGACAUUCCCCUGAUCAACAAAAAUGGCACAUUAACCAAGUCUCAGCUCUAUGGAGACCCACAGAGGAUGUAUCUACGAACAAGUGGAGAGAAAGCAGGAACUGACAGUGGCAGGGGAAGCAUGAUUUCUGCAGCAGGCUCCAUCUUCUCCAGGCUGCAGCCAGCAGGAGGCACUCUAGAGAGGAGGCAGUAUGGGUAUGGAGUAACUCAGGGUCAUCCUCCGCAGACUCCUCAGCGGGGGCCAACCCCUCGCUAUGAUUAUGGAAUUCAAAGUAAUAAGACAUUUCUCAGAGAUCCUAAUUCACCAGUGUGGAAAAAGAAACAGUUAUCAUCUAGUCAGGAUGUUUUGAGAACAGUGGAGACUUCCCCCUACAGUUGUGUGGACAUUGUAAAUCUGCCUGCGACGGGGAGCGACCUCAUGAUUGCUUUGGAUGGUGGAGCCCGCAGUGUUGGGAGUACAUACAGUGACCCAGCAUAUGGCACAAACAAUCUCUCUGCCACCCCGCUGAAGAAGAAAUGUGUAACAUUGCCGUCAAAAUCCGCGGAAAACUUUCUCCAGCACAGUCACUUUAAUAUCAAGAGACACCCUGUUGAUAUUAAGACAUUGCAGGACUAUUCGGAUAGUAAUGAACUUGGGGUAGGUUUGUACACACCACAAACAUCCAAGGAAACAGAUGAGGAUGUGAGUGUUGUUCCCAUUGCACCAAUAUCCACAAAUAUCAAAACGGACGACAAGGAUGUUGACAUCACAGAUGAUGAGACAUGUUCCAUGGAUGAAAACGUGCAACAAGGAGAGACCAAGCGAGAAAACCCCCAUCCAAAUCGAGUCAGUAAAAACUAUGUGUGUCAAGCACAGUUCGAAAAAAGUAAGAAGUGUAAGCCAGGAUUGACAUCAUCACCGAAGCAGCUCAAUAUUAAACCGGGCUCUCGACCAAUCAGUGAAGUUGUUAAUGUACCAGCCCAUUUCUACGGAUCUCUGUCUCUACUGGACACUGGUGAUGCCACGGAACUAUAACUAGUCAUGUGACAGGUCAUUUGACCCUAUUUCUAUACUAUAGUUCUAUUGGCUUCCUCUUAUCAUUUCAUUGUCAUAAUUUGCUUUAUGUCUUCAGCUGUCCUGUCACAUUGGUUUGAGUUACAGGAUCUUUGUUUCUCUACUCCCAACUCCAGAGAUCUAAGCUCUAUCAAUUGUGGAAACAACGAAGAAAAUGUUGAUACAUGUUUAUUUAGAAGGCUCACUGACUCCUAUUUAAAAGUCUUUGAAACUCAGUGACAGAUCUGUUUGAAAGUGCUGAUUUUUAGCAAGUGAUAAUUAAAUAUAUAUACACUGUAUAUUAUAAAAUAUGUAAUUUA